AUGUCGUUAUUUAGUGUACAAGCGAGGAAACAUACUGCUUAUUAUGACCAUCUAAUGUCAACGACAUCGUCCAAGACACCGGGCAGAGAGCGCCUGGCAGAGCGAAAAGCAACAGACACAACACUCGGAAAAAGUGAUAUAACAUCUGAAGCCUCUGCGUGUGAAGACAACAGGUCAUCUGAUAAAAGCCGACAGGUUAACAGGACUUAUGUCAUCUCUGCGCUUUCAAAAAGUGGCAGCGGGCAGCAGACUCCUUACCGUGGCCGACUCACCCUGCAGAGGCGGUCAAGGAGAAAGACCGGGGCUGAAACAGCGGAGAAAACCAUAGCUGAAAGCAGCCAGAAUACCACACCAGCUCCGGAGAAGAGACUAACCCUGCAGCGCAGGACCAGGACUCCGUCCAUGGAUAAAAGUGCACAGGGGCAGCGUGGGGUCAGCGGUACUGGCCUGCAGCCAACGCCGAAAGUCCUCAGUGAACCUAAUGGUAGAGCUCCUAGUUUAUUCAGGUCUAUGAGUUUAAGAGAAGCAACCUCUAAGAGCAGAGCCAGAGAAACUGCAGCUCAUGUGGAAACCCAGGGGAGGUUAGCGCACAGCAAGACACCUUCCACUUCUUCUUCCUCCACAAUUAGGCAAUUAGAGGACCAGGCCCAUACCUUUAAAACCCCCACCAAAAAGACCCCGUUUGAGAAAAUCGCAGCCAAGAGAGACGUGUUCGAGAGGCUGGCAGGGAAAGAAGCCCCUAAACUAGUUGCAGUCAAGUCCGCAAGUCUAGAAAGGCCUAAAUCCCGAGUACAGCAAGCUGAAGACAAUAAACCUGUCCCAGCUCCUCGAGUCAGCAAGGCGUCAGCAGGUGUGCACAAGCCAAACGCUGCGCAGCAGGUGAGGAAGACAUCCACUUCAAGCCAAAAGGGGGAUGUGACCCAGCCCAGGACUUGCACUCCUGCUCCAGCACCUACUGAGCAGGCACUGUCUCGUCCCAGUGAGGCUCUGAAGCAGCAGGAUUCAUUUAAGAUGGAAAAUAGCGCAGUGACUGUGGCUGUCCGUGUCCGCCCUUUCAAUGCCAGGGAGAAGGCAGAGAAGCCAUUGCAGGUCAUUUUCAUGAACGACCAGGAGACUGUUGUCCAACAUCCAGAGUCCAAACAGAGCUACUCCUUCAUCUAUGACUUCUCUUUCUGCUCGGUGAAUGAGAGUGACCCCACCUUUGCCAGCCAGCAGACGGUGUAUGAGACCCUGGCCAAACCUCUGCUACUGAGGGCCUUUGAAGGAUUCAACACCUGUCUGUUUGCUUAUGGCCAAACAGGCUCAGGGAAGUCAUACACGAUGAUGGGCUUUGGAGAAGAGGCAGGAGUUAUCCCACGUUUCUGCCGUGAACUUUUUUCUAGAUUGGCCUCCAUGGAAAAUAAAGAGGUGAAAUGCCAUGUAGAGAUGAGCUACUUUGAAGUGUACAAUGAGAAGAUCCAUGAUCUCCUUGUCACCAGAGAUGAGCCUAACCAAAGGAGGAUGCCACUGAGGGUGAGGGAACAUCCAGUCCAUGGUCCCUAUGUCGCUGAGCUUUCUACGAAUGUUGUGAGUUCCUACAAUGACAUUCAGGGAUGGCUGGAGCUGGGCAACAAGCAGAGAGCCACAGCAGCUACAGGAAUGAACGACAAGAGCUCCAGAUCUCACUCUGUCUUCACUCUGGUUAUGACCCAGACCAAGACAGAGUUUGUGGAGGAUGAGGAACAUGACCACAGUAUCACUAGCAGGAUCAACCUGGUGGACUUGGCAGGCAGCGAACGCUGUAACUCAGCCCAGACAAGUGGAGACCGAUUCAGGGAGGGUGCUAGCAUCAACAAAUCCCUGCUUACCCUUGGAAAGGUCAUCUCUGCCCUGUCUGAACAGGCACUGACCAGGAAGAAGGUCUUCAUACCAUACAGAGAGUCUGUCCUCACAUGGCUGUUAAAAGAAAGUCUUGGAGGUAACUCCAAGACGGCUAUGAUCGCCACACUGAGCCCGGCAGGCAGCAAUGUGGAGGAAAGCCUAAGCACUCUGCGCUAUGCCCAGCAGGCCCGAACAAUCAUUAAUGUGGCCAAGGUCAAUGAGGACACCAGCGCCAAGCUCAUCAGAGAGCUGAAGGCGGAGGUGGAAAAGCUGCGAGCAGCCCAGACGAGCUCCCAGGGAAUUGAACCAGAGAGGGUCAGGCUGUUCCAGCAGGAGAUUGUUGCCCUGAGAAACAAACUCUGUCAGCAAGAGAGAGAAAUGGUCGAGGCCAACCGGGCAUGGAGAGAGAAACUGGAACAAGCUGAAAUACGCAAACGUGAGGAGACCAAAGAGUUGCAGAAAGCAGGUGUGACGUUCAAAGUGGACAAUCGCCUUCCCAACCUGGUGAACCUGAACGAGGAUCCUCAGCUGUCUGAGAUGCUUCUCUACAUGAUAAAAGAGGGUAAAACCACAGUUGGCAAGCUCAAGUCUGGUUCCAGCCAUGACAUUCAGCUGACUGGAGCCCUCAUUGCGGACCAACACUGUGUCAUAACCAGCAUCCAUGGUACUAUCAGCGUCACUCCCAUGGAAAGUGCCAAGACCUUUGUAAAUGGGAACCUCAUCUCAGAUUCCACUGUCCUACAUCAUGGUGACAGAGUGAUUCUGGGUGGAGACCACUACUUCCGCUUCAACCAUCCAGCAGAGGUGCAGUCUGGGAUGCGGGUAUCUUGUUGGACAGGCGCAGGCGAUGGACACAAAGAUUUUGAAUUUGCCAAAAAUGAACUACUUGCGGCUCAAAGAGCUCAGCUAGAGGCAGAAAUUGAAGAAGCCCAUCUGAAGGCGAAAGAGGAGAUGAUGCAGGGAAUCCAGAUGGCAAAGGAGGUGGCUCAGAAGGAGUUAUAUGAUCAGAAGGCUCUUUAUGAGGACAGGAUCCGUGUCCUGGAGAGAGAGCUGACAGAGGAGAAUCAGCGGAAACAUCAACAGGAGUUAGACCAGCAGAGGGUGGCCACUCAAAUGGCAGAGCUGAAGAUGGCCAAGCUGGAGCUGGAACAGGAGGUGGACACACACAAGAAACGCCUCCGCCUGCACAUGGAGUCCCAGGCGAUGGAGGAACACCGUGUGUGUCAAGCAAAGAUUGUUGACGCCCUGGAGGCAGAGAAGAGAAAGAUCAGCAAAGAGCUGGAGGACAUGCAAAAGAAAAGAGCUUUAAGGGAAAACCACACUUCCCGAAAUGUCUCUCCACAGUGGGAUGCCAUGAAGUUGUCCUUGAUGAUUGAGGAAGCCAAUAAGAUUAGUGCUAAACUGAAGAAAAAUACAGUCUUCAGCAGACAUGAAAGCCUUGACAAUGAGAAUAUGGAGCAAGGUGAUUUGCUACAGGUGCGGGUUCAAAACACAAAGCUGGGGAUCUCCACGUUCUGGACCCUGGACAAGUUCCAAAACAACAUGGCUGCCAUGAGGGAACUCGAACAGGGGGAUUCCACUUCUAAAGAUGACGAUGUGUUUUAUGCCCCCGAUGAUGAGUGGGAGCAAGAUAUAUCGGCCUCUUCUGCUUCUACCUCCUCCUUCUCGCGCCGAAGGAGCAGGAGUUUGUUGAAGGGCAGAAGAAUCUCAGGGCGUCUAUACGAGAUCCGGGUACAUCCAAUUCAGAGCCUCCACAAUGGCUCCUCCCAGUCUGCUGGCUUGAUGGGUGUUGCCAAACCUCCUUCCACCCAUUCCAGCAGCACAGACUCUGCCCUGCCCGGCAUCUGCAAGGAGCUGAUUGGUCAAUCAGUGGCCCGUCUGCGUGGUUGUACUGGGACAGAGGAGAGUGUGGCUGACAGGUUGGCCUCUGAUCUGAACCUGAUGUAUGCGGCAGUCCAAACUAUAUCUGACCUGUAUGACAGCAUGGAUGACAACAGUCAGGAAAACGUGUUUGUGUGUAACUUGGUGGCUCAGACUCAACUGGUCAAGGCCACCACAGCCAUAGAGAGUGCAGUGUUUGUUACCACGCAGUGGUUGGCCAGCGUUAAACCCUCCUCUGGCCUGCCCUACACCAUCGCGGAGGAACUCAAGAGCCAAGUCAAGAAGAUGGGAGGAUUCUUUCAGCUGCUCAUUCAGGGUUGUGAAUCUGAGAUCACAUCAAUGGUGACGGAGGCACAGAGAAAGAGCAGUCAGUGCCUGGAUGCAGCAUUGCUUGCACUUGGCCAUCUGGCGGCAGUGACAUGCAUGCCGCUGAAUGCUAUGGAGCUGGGUGCCCAGGCCACAGGCAAGCCAUCAAUGGCCAUGUGUCUGCUGAAGGGGACCAAUAAAGGCGUGCACUCUCUCUUAGAGGAGAGCCUCACCAUCACCAGGGAAAUGCUAAGAGAGGCACAGCUGGCCUAUCCCAGAAAUCCAGUCCUGCAGAGCCUAAAAUCCAGGACACUUGAUUUAGCACGUGCUCUUCAGAGCUACAUGUAUUGCCAGAUUUCGGAGGGAGAGUCUAAUCCAGAGGAGGUGGAGGAAGGGGCGGAGGAGGUUUCAGCUUCCCAUUUGAAGAAACUGAGAACAACAGCGACCAAGUUGUUCCAGCUGAACCAGGCCAUCAGACAGCUGCAUUCUUCUCUGUCUACCGCACUGCGAGGAAAAGACAGAGACUUAAGCAGCUGCAGAGAGCUGAUCUCUUCGUCUGCCAAGGCUGUCAAUGAGCUGCUCAGUGGUCUCUCCAAGGAGGGAGCAUUGAUGCUGUCCUUACAACUUCCCUGUCUUCAGAGCGUCAUGACUGCACGAGACGAGCUCCACUCUGCCCUGCAGUCCCUGUCCUCCCCCUGGAACGAACAAGAGGCAGAAGAGAGCAGAGGCUCUGCCGCUUCAGAUAAGAGUAUAGAAGAUGAAGUCCUGACUAAAGGGAGUGCUACCACUCACACUGCUCUUAAAAAUCGAGUUGUGAGUAAGAUAGUGUACUCUCUACCUCCAGGUGUGUCCUCCAAAGGCAGCCCGCACUGGGUGUAAUUUGUACUUACACUAUGUGUUACUCUUUAUGAUGUGCUCAUAUCAUGUAGGAUUUACUGUAAAAAAUUAACUGCUGACAUGGAGAGACCAUUGAAUUGAGCUACACUUUGGUAAUAACAAGUGGGUACCUUUUUUUUUUUUUUUUUUUAUUCCUUGUACACCAGCCUUACAUCACAAGCAGCAAACAUAGCGCAAGUCAGUUAUAUUCACACUUUAAAUCAAUUCUGCUCACUACAUGUUGGCAUGUGUCACCUCUGAUAUGAUGUAAAUGCAGUACUAGUGUUGAGGGACUGGAGGUUUUCUUCUAAGUGUGGUAAGAAUUUGCUUCUUUAAAGGUAUUUUUGCAUGGGGACAAAGACUUCGGUCACCAGAAUAUGUAGAGUUUAACAGAGUUAUUCAUGAUGGAUAAAAACAAUAAUGAUAAGUAUUUGUAUGUACGGAAAAUGUUCACUUGUGCUGGUGGCGGGCCUUCUCUGUUGUACGAUAUUUUUUCAGAGGCCACUAAAUUAUUCUAUGUUGCAUUUUUAUUAAUUCAAACAUGCAAGAGUUCAACAUGCAGUUGCUUUCUUAGUGUUUUGUAAACAACUUCCUCUCCAUUUUUGUAUGAAGACAUGUUUUACUCACAUUUGCAUAAAGCUUUGCUCUUGGAUGUUGUACGCAUACUGUAACAAUUUGCACUUAGUCGAGACUUGUAUACUCAGGGUUUCU